AUGAACUCCAUUUCGAGAGCAAGAGUUAUUGGAGCUCUUAGUGGACCUUUCCAACGAUUUCCAUCACUUCCAUGUGGAGAAUCGUCUAUGGACAUACAAGCCAGGGAUAGUGGUCAUGUAGCCUUAAG